AUAAAUUGUUUGGGAAGCGGCUGCUUCAGGCCGGGCGCUACAUCAUGUCCCACAAAUCCUGGAUGAAAACGGUUCCCACGGAAAACUGCGACGUGCUGAUGACGCUCUCAGACACGACGGACGACCAUACUCUGCUGUGGCUGCUCAACCACAUCCGCUUGGGCAUCCCGGAGCUCAUCAUCCAGAUUCGGCACCACAAACACACGCGGGUUUACGCCUUCUUUGUCACGGCGACUUACGAGAGGCAAGUCUUCUUCAAGUUGUGCCCAUGGAGCUUGUGUCUUCUUCUCUGUUUUUAA